GCCGGAUGAAGCAAUACAAACAGGCAGCAGAGGAGUUGCUGAAGGCGUUCGAAACCCACGAGAUCACACAGAUCCCAAGGGCCGAGAACGCAGUGGCCGACAUCCUCUCCAAGCUCAGCUCGAAUACUCCGGAGCACAUCUCCAAAUUGGCCAAGAUCGAGGAGCUGAGCAUGUACAACAUCCAUGCCAGCCCCAUCUUGUGCAUCCAACAGUGUCCGGAGGACUGGAUCUCCGACAUCACCACUUUCAUCACCACGGGGGAGCUACCCCCAGACGAGGAGAGGGCCAAGCUCGCCAGGCUCAGGGCCCCAAGUUACACUAUUGAAGAUGGCAAACUCUACAAACGAUCCUAUAAUGGUACUCUCCUCCGAUGCCUACACCAGGACGAGGCCGACGUGGCCAUGGAAGAAGUUCACUGUGGUGUUUGCUCCUCACACCAGGGCCCCUUUAGUAUGUCCCGGCGUCUCGUCGUCCAGGGCUAUUUAUGGCCGACAAUGGCGCGGGAUUGUGCGGAUCUAGCCAGGAAAUGCACCACGUGCCAGGUGCUCCAAAAGGCCCCUGGUCAGCCAGCCGUCAACUACGCCCCAGUCAGCACUGCCAUUCCAUUUUCGAGAUGGGGGAUUGACCUGGUCGGCCCCCUACCCAGAGCUGCUGGAAGCAACUGCUACAUCAUCGUCACAAUCGACUACUUCACCAAGUGGGUCGAAGCGGAACCUUUGGCCAGCAUCACGGGGGCCAGGUGUCAGAAGUUCGUCCACAAGAACAUCCUCACCCGUUUUGGUGUUCCCCAAGAGAUCAUAUCCGACAACGGCACCCAGUUCGAAGCGGCGCCCUUCCAAGAGCUCCUUCGAGAAUGGGGAAUAAAGCACCGUUUCUCCUCUGUUGCCUACCCUCAAGGCAACGGGCCGGUUGAGAACGCCAACAUAACCAUAAUGGAGGGGCUGAAGAAGAACCUACAGGACGCGGGAGGAAGUUGGGCCGACGAGCUCCCCAACAUCCUGUAGUACGAUAGCACCACAUGUUAUGGCUUUGAAGCAAAGGCACCCACAGAAGUCCCUAUUCCCAGCCGACGGGUGGAGCAGUAUGACCCAGAGUUCAACGAGGAAAACAUGAAAAUCGACCUCCACCUGGUCGACGAAAGACGUGAACAGGCAUUCAUCCGAGCAGAGAACUACCGGCGUCAAGUGAAAUGAUACUAUGACGCCAAGGUACGUUCCCGAGAAUUCCAAGUGGGGGACUACGUCCUCCGCCGAAGGGAAGCAAGUUAGCCGACGGAAGGAGGCAAGCUAGCCUUGAAGUAUGAAGGUCCCUACAUCGUCAGUGCCGUGGUGAAACCCGGUACCUACAAGCUUAAACGCCCCAACGGGACCAAUGUACCACGAACGUGGAAUGUACACCAUUUGGUGAAGUUUUAUCAAUAAUCCGAAGGAGGUGCAGCCGGCGAAGCCCUCACCCUUUGACGGGUUAUUGAUUGAACGCCACCCUCGGCCUUGAGCCACUUUUAAAUAAAAAUCAUGUUCCCUUUGAUUUCUUGGAAUUCAAGUACCACAUUAACAGGCACCCUCAUCGGCCACCUUAGAGCGAAAGGCUCAGGUAUGGCCGAUGUGGCGCUUGGCAUCUGCGGCCUUAGAGCAAAAAGCUCAGGUACGCCCCAUUGUAUCUUGUAUCAGCGAAAGGUUUAGGCCCAGCUGAGAGAGCACGUCGUACCAGCCCCUUAGAGCGAAUCACUCAGGUAAGGCCGACGAUGUCCCCAGGACGAGGGGCCCGCAAACGGCCCGCGUCUUGAAACGGGAAGUUCACCGCGUCGUCCACGCGCCUGAUCGCAGGACGAUAGGCCUGAAAUCAUGGACGAGGUGACAAAAUCCCCAAACUCAGGGAUGGGCAACGGCAGCCGUUGGAAACCAACCAAAAGUCUAGCCCGCGUCAUAAAUAGGCGACGGGACCCCCCCUGAGAUCAUGGACGUUAUAAACGAAGUCCAAACCGGCCGAAGGACUAUCGACUGCUUCGGCCGAAGCCUGAAAGAAGGACACUCCCUGAAAUAGGGAACAAAACAAAAAAAAUAAAAAAAAUAAAAAAAAAAAGAAAGAGGGAAGCUGAGGACUGCGCGCACUUGCCGGCCUCGAGCAGUAAAAAUAAAUCCCCAAAAAUCAGCCACAUUUGGCUAAGUACAUAUCAGUUGAAUACAAAGGUAACACUACUAACAGGUGACGUGGACGAAGCGGCCACCCACUACAAGGAAAGUGUCAAGGACGAAGCGGGCGGUAAAACACCCGCGGGAAAGUUAAACACACGAGUGGCAACCCCUACCGGCCACAACAUUCUUGCUGGCCAUUACAGGCGCUACAACCUAGGCGGUUGGUCAAGCUGAAAAUCUUUGGGAAAAUUUGUCUAAGUGAUUCCCAAACACUUAGAGAAAAUUCCUAAGGAAAAGGUUCCCUGAGUGAAUUCCAACACUUAGAGAAGAUUCUAAAGAAAACAGAUGCAAAGGACGAGGCAAAACACCCGGGUACCCUCGUCGGCCACAUCGCCCAACCUGGCCGACAACGGUACCACACAGAAGAAACUACAUGGCUCAACACUUAGGGAAAUCUCCAAAGUAUUGAAAAUCAAGGGGACAACUUUGAGAAAAAACGGGCACCUGAAUACUUGCAGUGCGGUAGUUACCUAUGUAUUGACACUUAGAUAAAUUUCUAAGUUCAAAAAACUAAGGCAAGAAACAAAAACACUCAAGGCCGAAGGGGACAACCAACCCGUGCACUCGAAAGGUCAAGUCCCAUAGAGAACCACUUCGGCCAUGACAAUCAGACGACAAAGGUCACUUACCCUUAUCGGCCACAACACUGAAAUCCAAGCCGACCUCCUAUUUAGAUAAGGGGGAUAGGAACAAAGCGGCCACAAAGAAGCCCAGGCCGACAAGAACACCACGCGUGGCAUUUGGUUCAACACUUAGGAAAUUUUCCAAAAACAUCGGUCGACAGUGAAAGGGGGCGUAACAUCAAGACGACAAGAACACCCACCCACUGAAAGCCCAGAUACUUAGAGAAUUUCCUAAGUCCCAAUUCCAAAACACUUAAACGAAUUUUGAAAAGAAAGAAAAAAAAACAGAGAACAAGACGACAAGACAGCAAGGAACUUAAACAUGUUCCAUUAACAGCAAUCAUUACAUGGCGGGCACUUCGGCCGUUACAGUCAAACGAUGAAACAUAAAUGACAAGUUAUGAUGUUAAAGAGAGUUAUGGACAAUCACGCCUCCGUAGCGGCCUCAGUCCAAGGGUAUCCGGCCCCACCUGGAGUAUUCUGGAUCAUUUACUGUCCAAGGGUACUCGGCCCCACCUGGAGUAUUCUGGAUCAUUUACCGUCCAAGGGUACUCGGCCCCACCUGGAGUAUUCUGGAUCAUUUACCGUCCAAGG